AUGGGUAAGGACAGUAAGGAACACAAGGAAAGCAAAGAAAGCAAGACAGUGGACAACUAUGAGGCUAGAAUGCCCGCCGUAUUGUCGUUUGCCAAGCCAUUGGCUUCCAAGAAACUAAACAAGAAAGUGUUGAAGACCGUCAAGAAGGCCUCUAAAGCUAAGAACGUCAAGAGAGGUGUCAAGGAAGUCGUCAAGGCCCUAAGAAAGGGUGAGAAGGGUUUGGUUGUCAUUGCCGGUGACAUUUCCCCAGCCGACGUUAUCUCCCACAUCCCAGUCUUGUGUGAGGACCAUUCUGUUCCAUAUAUCUUCAUACCAUCCAAGCAAGAUUUGGGUGCUGCUGGUGCCACAAAGAGACCUACCUCUGUUGUCUUCAUUGUCYCAGGUAGCAAUAAGAAGAAAGAUGGAAAGAACAAGGAAGAAGAAUACAAGGAAUCUUUCAACGAAGUUGUCAAGGAAGUUCAAGCUUUGUGA